GGACCGACCCGAAAACAGGGUGUAGUUGUGUGACCUCGAGUUCCCCCGGUGCAUCCAUCCUCCCAAUCCGGAACGAAAAUCCGAAACGAAAAAUUGGAACAAAUUAUUUUUUUUACAACGCUAUUUGUAAUAAACAACAACCGUCCAAUUUAAAUUUUAUUUUUCAAAACUACUUUUUAAAAGAAGAUAGCGAAAAUCCAUUAAAAAUUUCCACUAAACUCAAAAACAUAAAGCGCAUUUCAACGCCAUCUAUCGAAACUCUAAGCUUUUAACCACGCAAACGCAAUCAAGUCGACUCAGAUCGUCUCGGACGUUCAAAAAACUCGGUUGGAUUUUAGUUGGCUGUGAAUCUUCGACUACUUACUAUUAACAAAUUUUUCAAAAAUGAAAUAAAACUUAAAAAAGUAACCAAAGAACAAGUGAAGUGAAAAACAUCUUAAAAAUAACCGAAUAAAAAUUUAUAAUGGAAAAUAAUUCUAUAGCGCCGAUGUCAAGUAGUGAAAUGGUGAGCGGUGGUGGUGGUGAAAUGGCGCCGAUCGCCGAAUUUGACAAGACUCCGCCAACGCCACCUGACGAGCAACAAGUUCAAAUGGAAGAUUUACCUCCUCCACCCCAAUCAACAACGGUAACCAUCAACGAUGAAAAGGAAAUGAAGAAAGAAGAAGUCGCCAAUGGGGGUGAUGAAAAAAAAGUCGACGAAAAGAAGAAAAAGAAAGAGAAAAAGAAGGAAAAGGAGAAAGAAAGUGAAAAGAAAGAGGAAGAAAUCGAAAAACACAGACAUUAUGAGGAAGAAAACGAAUGGGGUUGCGGUAGUUGGUUCGAAUACACCCUGGUGGUUGUUUUGGCGAGUAUUUUACUUCUCGGUUCGUUGGCGCUUACCCUAUACUGGACCAUACAGUACCACAAUGGAUUCGCGUGGCGUGAAAACGGAAACAAACAGUUCAAUUUGCAUCCGGUGCUUAUGGUGGCCGGAUUUAUUACGUUUAGCGGUUUCUCAAUUCUUCUUUACCGCAUCUGUAGAUGUUGCAGAAGGAUAUAUGUUAAACUGCUCCACACGGUGUUUCACGCCCUCGCCAUUCCAUGCGUUGCAAUCGGAUUUUUAGCCGUUUUAGAUUAUCAUAACCUUAAAACACCGCCAAUUCCCAAUUUUUAUUCACUCCACAGCUGGAUUGGACUUGUUACAAUGGGUUUAUUUGCUAUUCAGUUUGUAGUGGGAUUCUUCAGUUUCUUAGUCCUAUUGUGCUGUGAAGGAGCCACAGCAGCUUUUCGAGCGUCAUUGGUACCCAUACACGCCUCUUUUGGACUUACCACAUUCAUGUUAGCCAUAGCAGCGUGCCUCACCGGUUUAACCGAAAAAGUUAUUUGGACACUUGAAUCAAAAUACUCCGAGUGGCAGGAAGAAGGGAUAAUUGUUAAUGCACUGGGUGCCGCGUUGGUAGCACUGGGCGUGUUGGUAUCUUACGCGGUUCGAUCGCCAUCUAUGCGCGAAGGUACAAAGGUUUACGUAACGGAACGAUUGUAGGAGAAGGCGCCGGAUGGCGCUGCUAACAGUUCGGAAACUUUUGAAAAUGGGAGUAACAAUGCGAUUGAACGUUAUUAACCAAAUUUUUUUAAUACUAACAAAUUAAUCAAAAGAAAAUGAAUGGAAAAAAAUUGAUAAAGCUCACGUACUCAUAAAUUAAUUACUAAUGUAGUGGUCGCAUUUACAUAUUAUUGACAUAACCUCGAAUAAUCGUUUUUAAUUGUUGUAUAGACGUCAAAAAGGUAUGUAGGUUAAAUUAAAUCGGAUCGUAAGCGUAAUUUAAUACAUUAAAACAAAGUUAAAAAUAAACUAGGAUAAUUAUUAAGAUAAUUCGAGUUGUUUAGUAACGUUUAAGACUUUGUACAAGUACAAGUUAUGUUUAAAAAAGGACCAACUCAAAAAAAUGGUAAAUGAUGUUUACAACUAAAAAUAAAAAUCGAUUUGUUAUAUUAUUACUAUAUGAUAUAUGUUUUUAUAUAAAUAUAUACCUUGUUGUUAUUAUUUACAUGAUAAAUUGUAUUAUGAUUCCAAUUUUGAAUAAAUUAAUUAAGUCUUUAUAUACGAACAUAAAGAAGAAAGUAUUUAUAAGGAUCUAUUUAUAAGGUGUAUUCCAUCUGUAUCGAGUAUUAAUCAAAGCAUAAUGUGGAAAAUUUAUAUGUGUAUGUGUAUUUGUAAGAAAAAUUUUAAUAAAUGUUUAGAAUAGA